CCUUACCAGCAGAACGUUGCGCAGGCUCCGUGGUGGGACCGCGCGCACGGAGGGCGGUGACUGGAGGAGGAGGAGGGCGCCGGGGCGCGCGCGCGCGGCGGCAGCGGGGCAGCCGGGCUCGGCUGAGUCAGGACGGUCACAGGAGGCAGCGGGGAGGGUGACCGACGGGCCGGAGCUGCGGCUGCGUAGCGGGAAGGCGCAGCGGCCGCUGGGCGGGUUUCUAGGGUCGAGUAGAGGCUAAGCCCCCUCCCCGCCGGCAUAGCUCCCCCUCCCCUCAGGAGAGAUCCCGCCCGCCCCUCUCCCGGGAGAGACUCCCCGCGGCACCCGGCUCCCAGCAUGGCUCUGCUCCAGCGCCUGGCCCGGCUCGCUGCCGACCUGCAGGACCCGCAGAAAGUGGCCGACUUCCAGCGGCUCUGCGGGGUGGAGGGGCCCCCGGGCUUGGCGGCCUCCCCUCCGCUCGCUGAGGAGAGCGGGGAGCCGGGGCCGUUAGCCAACGGCAGCUGCCCCGCCAUGAACGGCGGAGGGGAAGGCGAUGGGUGGCCCCGGCUCCGAGGCGCCGCUGGCGAGGAGAAGCGGCACCCGAAGGGGCUGGGGAACGGGGCGGUCCCCGGGGGAGCCGGCGGGGAGGGACCCCCACAGCAGGCCUGGGGGAGGAGGCAGCCGCGCCGCAACUCCCUGACCGGGGAAGCCGCCUGCCAGGAGAUCGCCAUCCGCAACCCCUUCCUCUAUUAUCUGUUCAACCUGGGCACGGAGCUGGGCAACGAGCUCUUCUACAUCCUCUUCUUCCCCUUCUGCAUCUGGAACCUGGACGCCUGGAUAGGCAGGAGGCUCAUCAUCGUCUGGGUCUGGGUUAUGUACCUGGGCCAGUGCACCAAGGAUGUGAUCCGCUGGCCGCGGCCUGCCUCCCCUCCCGUGGUGAAGCUGGAGGUCUUCUACAACUCCGAGUACAGCAUGCCCUCCACCCACGCCAUGUCGGGCACUGCCAUCCCUCUGGCGCUCGUCCUGCUCAGCUACGGCAGGUGGCAGUAUCCUCUUGUGUAUGGUCUGAUUCUUGUGAUCGGUUGGUGUUCUCUGGUUUGUUUUAGUCGAAUUUACAUGGGAAUGCACUCAAUUUUGGAUGUUAUUGCUGGAUUUCUGUAUGCUAUUCUCAUCUUGGUUGUCUUCCAUCCAGCUGUGGACCUGAUUGAUAACUUCAAUUUAACUUACAAGUAUGCACCACUAAUUAUCAUCAGUCUUCAUUUAGCCUUGGGGGUUUUCUCUUUCACUCUUGACACCUGGAGCACAUCACGAGGAGAUACAGCUCAGAUUCUGGGUUGUGGUGCUGGAGUUGCUUGUGGAUCUCAUUUUAAUUACAUGUUGGGUCUAAUGCAAGAUCCUUCCCCAGAUACAUUGCCUUUAAUUCCUCCCUCCAUCACUGUGACUUUAUUUGGAAAAGCCAUAUUGCGGUUAUUGAUUGGAGUAGUACUACUAUUGUUAACAAGAAUAGUGAUGAAGAAAAUCACCAUCCCACUGGCCUGUAAAAUGUUCUCUAUACCAUGUGAUGAUAUACGACAAGCAAGGCAGCGCAUGGAGGUUGAACUUCCCUAUCGCUAUAUUACAUAUGGAAUGGUUGGGUUUUCUCUCAUGUUUUUGGUUCCUUGCUUGUUUCUUUUUAUUGGUCUUUCUUGAUGUAGACUUAUUCACUUGACAAGGGAAGAAGGGAGGUAGUUGCUUAAUGUAAGAAAAUGUGCACCGGUUUGCUAUUGGCAGACUUGUGAACUUUGCUUUAGCAGGGACUUUAACAGCAAUACAUGACAGGCACUGCAUUUAAAGGAAAUUGCACAUCUUAGGUAUGGUAUCGGGCCAAAAGCCAAAAAUUACUCUCCUGAGAAGUGCUAUACUCUAUAAAUGCCAUGUCUAUUCUUAUUGCUGUGUGCGUGUAUAUAUACAUGCAGUACAUAUAUAUGUGUGUAUACACGUACGUAGUGAAACAUACAUCAUACUGUACUUGUAUACUUUGGCAUAUUGCAAAGGUGUCUGACAGCUGAUCAGAAAGUUCCAUUUGUGUUUGGUUUAAGUCAUUUCAUAAUAACUUACCAAUUAUUGAACAACAAACAGCUAAUGGAACAGCUUAUGUGUUUUCCUCCAUUCUUCCCCAAACUCAGUUGUUUAUAUAGAUGGCAUUUCUAAUGGACCAAACUUGCAGUGAGAUCAGUUGUAAAAACUGAAGUUAUUUCCUUCAAUCCCUUCCACAAAAUAAAAUGUCUAGGUUGACAUUGGUUUUAGGUAUAAAUAAAACUGUUAGAUUCAGGUACUGUAUUUUAUGGCUUAAUUGUGCCUUUCUGUUGCUAAAUUAAGAAAUGCCAUAUACUGUGAUGUAAAAAUAUGACAGUUAAUUUUAUUUUAAGUCAUACAUAAUUAGGCAGAUAUUUUAAAAUGUAGAUGUCCACAUAUUAGAAUGGUUAAUUUUAACUAUACUGAUCACAAUUUAGCUUAUAUUUAAAAUUAUAUAGAUGGAAUGAGCUAAACAGUGAAUCACUAAGCUCAACAGGUUGUGAAUGGACAAUAAUUCCCUUUUAUAGGUAUUUUUUAUGUGCAUUGUCAGUUACUGGUAGAGGAUAUAUUUUUCUGCAAAUUGUCUUAAUAGUUUAUAUACUGGACAGGUAUGUCCAAUAGUAAGAAAUAAAUUAUAAACAAUAACAAUGCACACCCUAACUAUAAAUGGCCUCAUAUGUUUUGUUAUUCCAAACUGAUUUUAAAAGGGCCACUAUUUUUAGAGGUGUACUUAAGAAGAGAUCCUCUUAUCUUGGCUUUAAAAAAAUUAUAUAAAUUUUAUGCACAAAUUGCAUUUAUUGUAGUUCAAGAAGUCUUACCACUUUUACCCAUACCUAGACAAAAUAUAUAAAGGUCAAAGCAAAUUUCUUUGUGAUCAUUCUAUAAUAAACUAAACUAAGUGUUUGAAGCAAAGACAACAGCAUUGUGAAUGCAUAAACUAUUUGUGCAUAUCGGGGUUGUUUUGAAUGGCUUUUAACAGUAAUGCACUUUUCAGUUUUAUAGUGCCCUCUUUUCUGCUGAUAAGUAAGAUGCAAUCCUUGGACUAUCUAAUUUUACAUGAACCUGGAAUUUGAAUUUCAUUUUGUCCAUAUGAUUGUUUAGGUUCACGUGUUGCCUAAGCGAUAUGUCAGGAGUUGUUAUUGCAAUGUUGCAGUAUUCUGACAAGACAUAACUUGUGUUGUGUAUCCAUAUUAUAUGUUCAGGAAGAACCUUAACUUGAUUAAAAGCUUUCUGUUCUAGCUUAGCUAUUCACUUUAAUGUAUAGUUUUGUCGAGGAUUACUUGGAAUUGGAACUUUUUGAUUUGGAGAUAUGAACUCCACACUCUAUUAAUAAUAUGUAUAUUAACAAAACUUAGUAAAGGCACUGACUGACUUCGUAUCUCUUUCUUAUUAGACCAGUCAGUAGAUCUUCUUAUGGUACGCUGACAUCUGAACUUUUCAGAUGUGCAUUUAGAAUGCACUGUUUAUGAAUGUAUUCCACCGUGUUCAGUGUGUUAAACCACUAACUUUUUUUUAAUAGUUGAAGAGAUUUUUUUUAGCUUGCAAAAAAAAAAAAAACGUGGUUAGCUUGUUUCAGUACUUGUGUAUUUAUGAUUUUCUAUCUAUUCCUUUAUUACAGUUUUGUGCUUAAAGUGCAGUAGAAGUUAAAUCCCAUUUCCAAGGUGUUGAGAGAGGAGAUUUUGUACUGGUAUGGUUCUGGAUUUAUACUUGCAUGUUCUGAGCAAAUAACUAGGGAGAAUAUAUAAAAAGGCUUUCUUCCUUAAAGCCCCGAACAGAUAAUUUGUAGCUCAUGUAAUAUUAAAUUGGCCCUGCCAGAGGUAGAAAUAAUAUUUUUAGAAUGGUUUCCUUUUCUUUAAAUAGCCUGGCUUUACUGUUCUAAUGAAGAAUGUUUAAAUAGUAGUACAAAAGGGCAGUUAUACAAGAACUAAUUGUUCCAAGUAAAAAAUUGCACUCAUGGUUUAUAGGAACUCGAAUUUCAAGCAUGGGAUUGCUCUUAAGGCCGAGUUUAUAGUUGUACUGCACUGCUAUACCAUGAAUGCAAAAGAAAUCUCAGUUGCUGAGAAAGCUCAGUGUGUAGUAGCUAUAAAAUCACAUGCAGUCAUGGUUUCCAGAGUAGGAAAAAUUGCACUGUAGUUUGUUCUACUGUUACUCUGUAUAUGUUUAUAUUUUGUACAUUGCAUUUGGUAGUUUUAAAAUGUCAUUUCUCAUGCACAGAGUAGUUUAUUCUACAGGAAAAAUGUACAUCCAAAUGUCAAUUUAUAUAGCACUUUUACAAUCCUGUCCUUAGAUCAUUGCUGCUUACUCGAGUUUACAUGAAAAUGGAAUAUUAAAACCUUUAUUUCAUGUUUUAUAAGGGGGUUGGAUCGUGUGGGUAGUGUAACAGAAGAUGCCAUGCAAUUACAGAAAGCAGUAUGAGGCAGGGAAAAGAGGCAGAAAUGCAAACAUUUAACAAAGUUGAACUUUAAAGAAAGUUCAUAUGAACAUUUGAUUGAAAGUCUCUAAUUUUGUUUUGUGGUUAUAUUUUCCAAAAUGAUUCCUCCAAAUCUGUAAUUAACACUUGGCAGUUGAUAUAACAUGAACAUUUUAAUUGGCCUAAAUAGACAUUCUAUCCCUUUAUCGUUGGAGUUGAACAUAAAAAACAAAGGCUUAUAGUUGGAAUAUCAGCUUGUACCAAAAUUUAAAAAAAAAUGCUUUAAAAUGAUGGUGGUUAGCAGUCUUUUCAGAGUGGGAAUACACUUGAAAGAACUUGUGGAACUUUUAUGAGGUAGUGUGAGAACUUAAUUAUUCAGAUAUAACUGUGCUAGAAAACUUUUCUCAAUUCCGGAUACUAUUUAAACUUUUAGGAAUAUGCUAUUUCUCUAAAGAAGUAGAGCUACAUCCAUUACUAAAAGAUAUUACAAUAUUACAUUUGAGUUUGGUUUUUUAGGUUACUAUAUGCAAUUUAAAUACGACUGAAAAUAAUGUUAAUAUAGGGCCUAAUUUAGCAAAGAAUUUUCCACAAGGCCAAAGAGGCUCUAAAAUAUUGACUUGUAUGUCAGCCUUAAGAAUGGAAAGCAAGGUGAAUUUUUUUCUGACCUUGCGCUUAAAUAAGACUAAUAUAGGUAUUACACUGUCUUUAAAAAAUACUUUUUCAUGUUUACAGUAUAACUACCAUUUUUGCUUCCUAAACUAAUGUUGAGCUGGUUUGUUUUAUGCAGUCAUGUACAAGGCUCUUAAGUGUUUGAUCAUAUUUGCCUUAUUACUUAAUUUGCUAAUACCUUUUUUUUAAAAAAAAUGGUAUUUUAAAGGUAAAUUGGCAAACCAAAAGCAACUUUUGCUUUGUUUUAAGUUUACUUGGACUUUUCCUUUUAGGUAUAGCUUUUUUCUGAAAGCUAGAAAGAUAUAUUUUAAAAAUCACAUCUCUAAAUGUACUUUUUUUUUUAAACCACAACAGUGUUAAUUGUCCAGAUUUUAAAAGUUGUCAUUUUUUUCUUUUUUGCUAUUAUAUUUUAAAUUUGCUUCUGUAUUUUUGUUACUUAUUUCCUGCUUUUAUGUCCCAGAGAGGGUCCUAUACUAUUUGUAAGCAAAUGCAAACAUUCUAUUACCUAUGUCAAGAUUUUGUCGUUUUGAACUUGUAAAUAUUUAAGGGCUGUUAGUGGCUCAAGUUCAUGAGAACAAGCCAUGCAUGCUGUAAGUAAAUUCAUCUAUUGUGCUAAAAGUGGUUUUAUCUCCGUAUUUGCUUUCUAUCUACAAAAGACAGGCAAGAUUUUUAAUUCAAAUAUUUUAAGGUAUUAGUAGUCAACACAUGGGAGGACAUAAUGGGAGCUGGGCAUCUAACUUUGGUGGGAGUUUUAAAUCCAAGUCCAUGCAUACUGAGUGGAAAAUUUACCUUUAAAGGCUUGACCCUGCUGUAGUAUGCAGACGUACGUCACUGUGCAUGUGGAGUAGAUAACCUUAUAAGAUACAACUAUAACAUACUCAUUUUUGAGAACUGGGUGAUUACUUUUUAUAGAAUAACAUCUAGGACUCAGUCCAAUUUCAAGCUGUCUUCUUUUUUCAUUUUAAUUGUUUUCUUUAUCUGGAACUAGUACUACAUUUGCAAAAGUGGAUUCCCCUUUGUAUUAUAAUUAUGAUGAUGGACAAGAUCCCAGAAUAAUACAUAAAGCAGAAGAAUUAAUAUACUGGGAAACUUCAACAUGUUGAGGCCAAUGCACUCUAUUCAGUUCUUUUAAUGGCAGAGUGUUUUGCCUUGUGAAAUUCACGGACAUAUUUUAGAAGUGACUUUGAAGCAAUUGAAAGAAAAUUGGUCUUUCUUGCAUUCCUGUCAAGAAGGCUCCUUGAAUGAUUUGCAUCACUUCUUUGUUCAGAAACAGCUGACAAAAGCUUAAUUGGUCACUGCAUUUUUGGCAUAAAUAGCUGAUCCUGUUCAGAAUUUACUCUGGAUGUAGUUAUUAUAUAAUUUCAGAUACUUUGCAUUGGUUACCUUUUAAACAGUACUUCCUUCUGAAUCAAAAGGAAGAAAAACACCUUAACUUGGAAAAUAAAAUCAGAUUAGGCAAAGUAGCACUUAGUACUGGUGAAAUAUUGUCUUUAAAUUGCAAAUAUGAUAUGCUAGAGCCAAUUCCAAGUUGGAAACUAUUUUGGAAAUUAUUUGCAGUUACUAACCAGUGAAGACAGGUUUUAUAAAACCUAUCAUUCAGUAAUAAUGAUUCCAAAAUAUAAAUUUGGCUCUUUCAGUAGCCAUUGUAAAAUUUCAUAGGUGUACUGGUGGGCCACCAGUAACACAGAAGAUUUUAAAACACACACAUUGGCAUUUGAAAACUUUUCUUUGGUACAUUCAGUUUUGAUCUGGAAAUAAACUAGAUGUGGGUGGGAGAACUCACCAAAAGAAAUUGAUAACAAAUUUGUGUUUACAAUGUAUAGGCAGCCUAAUUAAUAGUUACUUCUUGCAAGGUCCAUGAAGAACAGAACAUAUUUAAAAUUUAAAUGGGAAAAUUUACUUUAAAGCUAUUUAUUUUUCAUUGCAAAGUUAGAGGGUUUUAGUAGUACUUGAUCUUUGUUAUUUAAUUUUAUAGUUACUUUUCUUUUGGUUUUGAAAGUCUAAUGAAUGUCAAGGUUGUUAUUACUGAAAUAGCCACCAGGUUUCAUGACUUCACUCAGAUCACCCCAAAACGGCAUAAGUGAAAUUAGGUACAUUCAGGAACUGGUAACUUUAAAAAACAAAGAAGCCCAAAACAAAACAAAAAACCCACCACCUACAAACAAAAAAACCAACUGAACAAAGAACCUCUAAAGAAUAAAAACUCAUAGGCAGAUUUUGGACCAAAUUUUGGAGUCCAUAAAUGUGAUGUCAGAUUUUGGCCUAUACUUGAGUUUACGGGAUCUGUAGUAUACUGCAGCUGAAAUAGGAAUUUCACAGAAUAAGAUACAUAUAGGAGUGUAAUCAUUUGUUGUUUUCUCCCAUUAAUAUUGUUGUGUUCAUUAAUGAAAGCAAAUAUUCAAUAUAAAAUAUUUUAUAGACUUCAUUUUUUAAGAGUUAUGUAAACUCUUUCAGUAAACAAUAAUAUAUUUUUUAAACUAUUGCCAGCCUCUCAACAUCUUAGAACAAAAAAAACCAAACUUGCUAGCACAAGUCCUGACUUAUUUGCAAGAUCACAUAAUGGUUACUGUAUGAUAGUGUACAACCUGACAUUUAAAGAUAAAAAAACUGUUCCGGUAUUUCUUACAUUAUGGUUAAUGCUUUUGCACUCAUUGUACACUCUCCACAGUUGUCAGAAUUAAUAUUUAAUCUUUAACUGAUAACAGAAACAAUAUUUGUAACUCCAUCUGCAAUGAUUGGAUAAUAAACUACUGUUGGAAUCAAA